AUUUUAACUAUAAGUAAGUAGGUACGGCAGGAUGGAGGAUCGAAUAAAUUUUUAGAGUCGUCUGCUGCGCAGUGUGUUGACGUGAAACAAUGCGAGUUUGUCAACAACAUUCGGUUUGACGUUGAAUGUGAUGGUGGUCAUGGGUUUCAUUAAGGAAAGAGUGAUGCUACUUCAUUUAGAGAUACAGAUAAGACAAGGAAUUUAGAAAGUACUGUUCGUGAAAAAUGACAAACUCCCUUGAGAUUUUCGUGAACAACCCAAAUAGACGCAAAUUGUACAAAAUUGUGUUUUAGUCGUUGAUCGACAGACGUAAAUGGUUGUUCUUGUAUUUGUAUUUCAAGGGAAGUUAAAACACUAUAUGAUCCGCACACGGAAUUUAUUCAACUUGUACCAGUAGUUAUGUCUUAGCUUAUAUUCUAACAUGAACGAAGCUGAAAUUAACACAAACAGUUGCCAAAAAUCCAGCACGGAAAAUUUAAUGGAGCCGCUGAUGGAUCACAGGAGAGCAAGAUAUCCAUUUUGCAUUGUGUGGACGCCACUGCCUUUGCUAACAUGGAUUUUUCCAUUUAUAGGACAUAUGGGAAUUGCCAUGUCUUCAGGUGUGAUAAGAGAUUUUGCAGGACCCUAUUUUGUAUCAGAAGACAACAUGGCAUUCGGGAAGCCAACCAAAUACUGGCGUCUCAGACCAGAACUAGCGGCAGGAGGAUCAAGUGGCUGGGAUCGCGCCGUGAUAGACGCCUCUGAAGAAUACAAGUCAAGAAUGCAUAAUCUUUGUUGUGAUAAUUGUCAUUCACAUGUCGCUAUGGCAUUAAACCUGAUGAAGUAUGAUGGUAGUGAAAAAUGGAAUAUGGUCAAACUAGCUUUCUAUAUUCUUUUUAAAGGUCAUUAUGUAAGUUUUGCAGCUUGGUUGAAGACAUGGGCACCCUUCAUCAUCAUUGUUACUGUCGUUAGCGUGGUAUAUGUUUUUACGAGGAAUCUGUGAACUCUAUUUGCAUGAGCCAGACAGAUGUGGACAGAAGCUUUAUGAAGAAAAUGCACAUGUUGCUGCAUGUUUCUUGAGACAAAAACCUGUGCAAUCUGAAUGUGUCUUCCUGACAUAAGUGUGCAUAUUUUGUAUGUAAGUGACUGAAGAAAACAUUCCAGAAGAUUUAAUGUGACAUGAUUGUGGAAAAGAAAUGUGUGAAAUAUGUUAAGUGAUAAAAAACUAAUUUCCCUAUUGUAUUCUCAUUUUCACAAACUGACCAAACGAUAUAGUGGAGAAGGAGAUGAUGUUAAAAGUUUUGAAAUAUUACUGCAAAUAUUUUAUUUCACUGUUCAGAACUGAAAGAACAGCAUCAUUAUAGUUUCUGUACUUUUCAGUAUUUUAAUGUUAUAUCAGUAUCAGUAUCAUGAUCAUUAGGAAAAGAACUCUUUCUUAAGUGAAAAAGAAUGAAUAAAUUUUCCAUGCCACAGCGUUUUCCACACAUGAGUAAAGUAAACUGUAAGAAAUGUGAACCAGAUGGUUUAGUACUUAGUUCCCUCCAAGUUGAAAACUUCAUCAGUGAUCCUUUGUCUCUCCCUACUUUUUGGCCCUGAAUUUUUCUUGUUGAAUAAAAAUUCUCCUGUUUGACUUUCCUAUUAGAUACUGAUUUCUUAGCAGAAAGACACUCACACAUGUCUGUCUGUCUUUCAGCAUGGCACAUCAUCAACCCCCUCUGCGUGUCACAUCAACCUCCCCCCCCCCCCCCC